AUGUGGCUCAUCAGUUUCUUCCACCAUCGUAAACAUUUUAUAAUGUCUAAAAUUAAUCUCUGGCUUAUGCCCUCCCGAGAAGACGGCGAGAGACUAAAGUCGAUCAUGGCUCCGCUGCAUGACACGACCGGCGUCCAACCCAGUUCAUACCCUCCCUUCGACCCACACGUAACUCUCGGAAGCUUCAUCGACGAAGAGACAGACCGAGAAGCUCUCAAAGUAUUGUUAUCCAAGAUACCUCCACCAACCGUUCCGUUCAAAUCAAUCGAAGUAGGAACGCACUACUUUCGGAGCGUCUUCAUCGCCGUCGAACCUACUCGUGAACUUGUGGAUCUUCAAUUCAAGUUCAAUAGGGGCGAAACGACUCCUUUGUACCCGCAUGUAUCGCUGGCGUAUAUAGCGGACGAGGACUCAGAGAAGGGCGAGAGGAAGAGGUAUUUUGAGGGGCUGGUUAAUGCGGGGAAAAUAAGGGAGAGGGAUGGCGGGAAGGGUGUGGAGAUUCGGUGUAAGAAUGGGAUUAACGGGGAAGAGGACUGGAUGAGUUCGUACCUCGCAACUGAAGUUUGGUUUGUCAAGUGUGUCGGUGCUGUGCAAGAGUGGAAAGUUGAGGAGAAAGUUGGCUUGGGCGGGGAGAAGUAG